GAGAAUGUAUUUGAAUUGUUUUCUUUGCUUUGGAAAGUGUAAGUAUUUGAAUUGUGGAUUUGUCAUCCCGACUAAAACUGAGAGAAAGAAAGACGAGGUUAUUAGAAAGUGGAGCUAUUCACACAGUGACACUGUAUCUGUAUCUGUAGUGAGUCUGUAGUAGGGGGGUUUGAAGAACUACUGAGCUGGGUGUGGGUAUCAUCAAUGAACUCUAUAUUCCGUUUCAUCUCACAAAGGCCAUGCCCUGCAAGACGACUUGUCGUUUUCCACUCAUCCUUCUCCACCAAACCCAGACCCAAAGUUAAACCCAAACCCACUUAUUCCAACUCUUCUUCCACUACUGCCGCCUCCGCCGCCGACUCUGCCCCUUCCUUUUCUCCCAACCUUUCUCAAUCCCCCUCUUCGGCUACCCUCUCGCCCUCUGGAGAUAUAAAACAAGAAAAAUCUUCUCCGCCGGCACCGGACAGACCGACCGAGAUUCCGUUCCAGGCCAAGGUUUCCAACUUGGUGCACCUGAUCGGUUACGUUCACGCGCCGGUUCAGUUCGAAACUUCUUCCAACGGUUCCUUUUGGGCCGCCACUGUUAUCACUCAGAACCCCACAUCCUCUUCUUCCGAAAAUGAAUCAUCUGAUGAUCUUCCUCUAUGGGUCCCUACAGUAUUUGAGGGUGACUUGGCUCACAUCGCUGCUUCCCAUUUGAAAGUAAAUGAUCGUGUCUAUAUAGCUGGAAAACUGAGUGCAAGUCUGCCUCACUUGAGUUAUAAUCAGUUUCAAGCCAGUGUUCAGGUUAUGGUGCAUGCUCUCAACUUUGUUGAGGAAACUGUUCAAAUGAAGAAAAGUUCUACGCUUUGUGUACCAGAACAAGGGACAUCAUUCAUCAAAGAAAUAGAAAAAGGGACCUUGAAUAAUUCUGAUCCUGUGAAAACAAAUAUGGACUCACUUUUUGGCCCCUGGUCAGACCUUAUUGAUAAUCCAAAAGAGUGGUUGGACUGUCGUGAUAAAAAAGUCAAUGGAUUGGUGAGUCGAAAAUAUCCUGAUUUCAAACGGAAGGAUGAUAAAAAAGCACUCUGGCUUGACAGUGCACCAAAACAGGUUUUAAAGAAAAUCUCAGCACUGGAGUUUGACAUUUCAUCUCAAAACUCAAAUGAAGUAAAGCAGUUUAAAGAUGGUGUGAAGAAAGAUGGGGAUUCUGCAAUAAAUUCAUGGAAUAACCUUAUUGAUAAUCCAAAACAAUGGUGGGAUUACCGUAACUGCAAGCACAAUGGACUGGUGAAUCCAAAAUACCCUGAUUUCAAGCAUAAGGAUGGUAGCCAAUCACUUUGGCUUAGUAGUGCUCCUCUAUGGCUUUCAUCAAAGAUUAAAGGUCUAGAGUUUGAUGUUCCAACUCCAAAAUCAAAAGAAGUAAAUGGGAAUAAAGGUGAGAUUGUGCACUUUUCUGAUAGUAUUUGUGAGGAAGGACUAGGAGAAGGAGAAGAGAAAAACAAGAGAAAUAGAGGUGAUGAUAUGUGGAAGGAGUUGUUGGAAAACCCCAAUAAGUGGUGGGAUAAUAGAAUAGACAAGAAAAAUGAGAGAGCUCCUGACUUCAAGCACAAAGAAACUGGUGAAGGCCUGUGGCUCAGCUCUUCGCCAAUUUGGGUGCAAUCUAAGUUGCAGCCUCCUAAAACUAAAGGCACACAAGAUGUGGGCCAUGUAUCAAAGAAUACAACGGGUGCAGUGGCAAAUGCGUAUAUGGAGAAUUGAAGAGAUACACAUGAGUUUUGUCAAGUCCAGCAUUACGGUACACAGUGAUGUGGUAUAUUUUAAAUCACUCAUUUUUUCCUUUUUUUUAUUAAAUGAGAUUGCAUUAUUUAUAUGGGUGGUUAAAGAUAAGACUACAUAGUGUAUAUUGGUUAUAUCUUUAGCAUGCGUUGGAGAUGGUUUUUUUUUUUAUUAAUUUGUAUCACUCCACUGUCUUGCAACGUAAUCAAAUUAUAUUUAGCAAAUAUUGUUUUGAGCAAUUAAGAAACUCUUGUUUUA